AAACAGUCUGCAGAAUCUACUUAUGCUCAGAGCAAACAAACAUCUCAAUAAUAUGUCCGAUUAACCAAAUUCAACCGCUCAUUUAUCUAAUUAGUGUUUCUUUAUUUAUAUCAUAUUGUUAGUUCAACUGGGUUCAGUCUGUGAAUUAAUAUUUUCUGGAUUGGCUUGUUUAUUGCUGUUAUAUAUCAAUUAAAUUGUUUGUGGAUAUUUCGUUUUUUAUUGAAAUAUGAGUGAAACUGAAAAUACACCAGACGACGUUGACAGUGAUGGAUCAGAAGAGCCAGAGGUUGAGUAUGUUGUGGAAAGUAUUGUUGAUAAGCGUAAAAAAAAUGGAAGAAUCGAGUACCUGAUAAAGUGGAAAGAUUGGCCCGAAGAGGAUAAUACUUGGGAACCAGAAAACCAUUUAUCCUGUCCUGAUCUAGUGGAAGAAUUUGAGAAAAAUUUACAAGCGAAAAAAGAAAGAUCUAAAGCCAAAAUAAGAGAAAAAGAAUUAGAAAGAGCCAAGAAGUUCAAAUCAAAGGAGAAAGUUAAAAAGAAAAGUCGAGAUCGUGUUGAGGAUGAUCUCUCAGGUCGUAAGAAGAAAGCAAGAGUAAUCGAAUCCUCAUCAGGGACACCUUCACCAGCUUGUGUUGAAAAUGGAUCUAGCUCAAACCGUUUCUUUCCCUCAGAUGACAGCAUUAGUUCGGAUAAUGACGAGUCCAAUGAUUUGAAAAAACGCCUGAAAGCAAUAAGUGAAAAUAAAACCUUCUCCAAGCUCACUAACAUCAAACAAGAAAGCAGUGAUGAAGCCGAUGAUGAUAACGAGGAAGAAGACGGAGUCACUGGAUUUGAUCGUGGAUUAGAGCCCAAGAAAAUAAUCGGGGCGAUUAGAGUUGAAGAUAAACUGAUGUUCCUAAUCAAAUGGGAAUCUUGUAAAAAGAGCGAUCUCAUUUUGGCUGAAGAGGCCAACAUUCGUUGCCCACAAGUUGUAAUAAGCUACUACGAAAAAAGACUCAAGUGGGUUCCUGAUUUUAAUGGAAAUGACGAAAACUAGCAAAGUAAUAAAAUUGUUCAAACAUAUAUCAAGAGCUAAAACUUUCAUCAAAGCUCGAUGUUGGUUGGUAAAUUUUUAAUUCAUUUAAAAUAAUGCAAUCAUUUCAAAUAGGUGUUCUGCAUACCUGAUCUGUAUCUACUACUGAUGUAUUUUAUUUAAGUAGUAUACCAUUGUUUUAUUUUUUGAUAUUAUGAUCAAGUAUAAUGAUUAAUCUAUCUUUUGUGAAAUGAACAAAUUCCUAUCUCAUGAACACAAAUAUUGAAAUCGCAAGAAAAACUCAUUUAAAGUCUCUUUUUCAAAACAAUUUUUUUACUUUUUGAUGUGUUAAUCCAAUGUAACACAUCAAAUCAAACACUUCAUUGUAAUAAAUUUUGUUCACCUCUUCAUAUUUCAUAAUAAACAUAGUAAUAUAAAAUUUA